AUGUCUAAAGUGCAUCAUUCUGUUGAUACUCUCCUUAUAUUUAUUGAUGUGACCAAGAAUCGGGAAAUUAAGGUCUAUUACCAACACCUUCGAACAUUAAGGGAAUUGCCAAUUCGCGAACAGUAUCAAAAUGGGAAACAAAGUUGGAUUCGUUCUUCCAACCCAAACAAGCGGAUCAUGAAAGCGACCCCGAUUCACCAACACCACGACCAGAAAAAAAAACUUUUCUUCCACCAGAACGCCAUUAUCACCCCUCCCAAGCACCAGCACUGCUUGGAAGGAGUUCUAUGGCUUCCAGUAAUUACUACUGGGGGGGGGUUCUUCCUAAUCCUCUUCCUCCUCCUUCUUCUUUUCCUCCUCCUUCUUCUUCUUCCUCUCCUACUCAUCCCCCCCCCUCAUUCUUCUUCUUUUCCUCCUCCUCCUCCUUCUUCUUCUUCUUCUUCUUCUUCUUCUUCUUCUUCUUCUUCUUCUUCUUCUUUUCCUCUUCCUCCUUCUUCUUAUAACCUUGUACCGUUCUUUCUGAAUUUGUAUUGCUCUCCCCCUCUCUCUCCCCCCUCUCUCCCUAUCUCUCCCCUAUCUCCCCCCUCUCUAUCCUCUCUCCCUCUCUUUCUCCCAUUCUCUCUUCCCCCCUCCUCUUCCCCUCUCCUCUCUCUCCCCUCUCUCCCCCCUCUCCCCCCUCUAUCCUCUUUCUUUCCUCUCUACCCCCCUCUCUUCCCUCCUCUACCUCUUCCCCUCUCUCCCGCUCUCUUCCCUCUCUAUCUUCUCUCUCCCCUAUAUCACUCUCUCUCCCUCUUCCCUCUCUCUCCUCUAUCUCCCCUCUCUCCUCCUCUCUUUCCCUCUCUCCCUCCCUUUCCCCUCUCUUCCCUCUCUAUCCUCCCUACCCCUCUCUCUACCCCCUCUCCCCCUCUCUCCAAUCUCUAUCCUCUCUCUCCCCAUAUCUAUCUCCCUCCUCUCCCUCUUCUUUCUCUCUUACCCUCUCUCUCCCUCCCUCUCCCAUCUCUUCCCUCUCUAUCCUCUCUCUCCCCAUCUCACUCUCUCUCCCUCUUCCCUCUCUCUUCCCCUCUCUCCUCUCUCUACCCCUCUCUCUCCUCCUCUCUCUACUCCCCUCUCUCUCUCUGA